UUUUUUUCCACCGCUAUUUUUGAAGAACCCCCAAAAAUCGAAAGCCUUUUUUCUUUAGCUUUUGCAAUUUAGUUUUUUUAUACCCUCUUUAACGAAGAAUCAUUUUAAACAGCACAAACCGUCAUGUUCCGUCUGUUCGCCAACUCGUCCAAGAGCGCUCUGCGCACCGCCACAAAGAACCAGCAAGUGCGCAACUUGAGCAUCCACGAGUACAUGUCCGCCGACCUUCUGUCGGGAGCUGGCAUUAAGGUCCCCCAGGGAUUUGUUGCCUCUUCGCCCGAGGAGGCCUACCAGGCCGCCAAGAAGCUUGGCACUACCGACCUGGUCAUCAAGGCCCAGGUUCUGGCCGGCGGCCGCGGCAAGGGUCACUUUGACAGCGGCCUUAAGGGUGGCGUGAAGGCCAUUUACAGCCCCGAGGAGGCCCGCGAUCUGUCCAGCAAGAUGAUUGGCCACAAGCUUUUUACCAAGCAGACCGGUGCCGGCGGCAAGGAGUGCAACAAGGUGUUCAUUGUCGAGCGCAAGUAUGUGCGCCGCGAGUACUACUUUGCCAUCCUCAUGGAUCGUGCGACCAAGGGCCCGGUCAUUGUUGCCAGCUCCCAGGGUGGUGUUGAUAUUGAGACUGUUGCCGAGGAGAGCCCCGAGGCUAUUUUUAAGCUGCCCAUCGACAUCAACAAGGGUCUGAGCCUUGAGUCCGCCCAGGGCCUUGCUGAUCAGCUUGGCUUUGUUGGAAACGCCCGCGAGGAGGCUGCCGACACUUUCCUCAAGCUGUACAAGCUGUUCCUGGCCAAGGAUGCCACCCAGAUCGAGAUCAACCCCCUGGUCGAGACUUCAGAUAACCAGGUCAUGUGCAUGGAUGCCAAGUUUGGCUUUGACGACAACGCCAGCUUCCGCCAGAAGGACAUUUUCGCCCUGCGCGACCCCACCCAGGAGGACCCCCGUGAGGUGCAGGCCGAGAAGUGGGAUCUGAACUACAUUGGUCUCGACGGCCGCAUCGGCUGCCUGGUCAACGGAGCCGGACUUGCCAUGUCAACCAUGGAUAUCAUCAAGCUGCACGGUGGCUCGCCCGCCAACUUCCUUGAUGUCGGUGGCUCGGCCACUGCCAAGCAGAUUACUGAAGCAUUCAAGAUUAUCAGCUCCGACGCUGGUGUCUCGGCCGCUCUUGUCAACAUUUUCGGCGGUAUCAUGCGCUGCGACGUCGUUGCCCAGGGCAUUAUCGACGCUGUCAAGGAGCUCGACCUCAAGAUCCCCCUUGUCGUGCGUCUGCAGGGCACCAACGUCGAUGAGGGCAAGAAGCUUAUCAACGAGUCAGGCAUUGCCAUCUUCCCCUGCGACGACCUGGACAAGGCCGCUGAGCUGGUUGUCAACCUCAGCGACAUCACGUCACUCGCUCAGAAGGUUGGUGUCCGCGCCAAGCUGUCCCUGGAGUAAACAAUUAAAUACAAGCGUUAUGUUGUGCUGCUUUUAUUUAUGUUUUCUAUUUAUUUUGUUUGCUAAAACUUUUUCUAGUAUUGGUUGUUCUGUCGAUAAUAUGGCAAGAGUACUGCGACUUAAAGACGACCGACGCUUAAUACGAUCAACACUCCACUGUAACAAAUUUCCGACCUGUUAGGUUACUUUGGAGAUUGUAUUUACCCCCCUGGUUUCUAAGCGCGCUCCGGGUUGCUAUGCAAUCAGGAUAAGAAAGAUGUUGAUUUGCAGGAUAUUUGACUUAUUUUAGACAUGUGUAGCCUCAUUGUUUUCCUCGGUGUAAUUUUGGCGUGCGUAGCAUCACCAAUUGGGCUGACUGUAUCAAUUGAGUUUUAGUGUCAAAAUUUUCGGUUACUUUUAAUAUUGGACUUCUGAUAUGAUAAGCAGGCAAACAAAGGCA